UCAAAAUGGCGGUCACUAGUAGACGAGUCGCUUCUGAGACAUUUGGGGGUUUAGUUGCUCCAUCCAAGGAACUUCCUGUACCAAAUCAUUUGCUAGAUACAAAAAUUUUUUCAAAAGUAUCACAAAAUGAUUUUCUUCAAACAAAACCUUCAGUGGUUCAUUAUGCUGGUUUUAAAGUUGGGGGAAAACAUAUCCAAGUCCUGAAUAUAAUAAAUGCCUCCUCAGAAACUCAGAGAAUGCACAUUAUUCCUCCUUCUACUCAGUACUUUUAUAUAAAGUACACAAAAAAUGAGAGACUUGUUCCUGGUUUGUCUAUUGAAGUAACAAUAGAAUUUAAACCUGAUGAAUGGAGAUAUUAUUAUGAUUGUAUAAGAAUACAUUCUAAGGCAGAAGAAAAUCUAGUGGUCCCUAUCCAUGCUUAUCCAGUGAUGAGUUCAUUUCAAUUUCCAAAAGAGGUUCAUUUUGGAUCUGUCCCUCUGGGUGAAAGCAAAACGAAGGCUAUUCCACUCAAGUGUGAAGUACCCAUUGAUUUUGAGUUUCAGUUUAAUUGUUUACAAUAUAACACAGCAUUUACUGUAACUCCCAUGUCAGGGGUAGUUCCUGGUGWUGGUGAGGUUCAAGUACAUGUCACCUAUACACCUACUGACUUCUCUACAUCAGUGCUGCGGCUACAGUUGCUUAUUUCCCAGUUCAACUCAGAACCACAAGUAUGUACCUUCACUGGAACCUCCCAGCCUGGUCAAGUAAAGAAGUUGAAAGAAAAAGAGUGGGGAGGAGACAUACCUACUUUACCUUACAGCAAAAUACUAGAUCCUCUAUUGAUAGACCCAUUGGGCAGAACAAGAAUAAAAAAGCUCAAAACAAGGCCAUGGAUACCAGAAGAUAGGAUAGCCAAGGAAGUCACGAAGGAUGGGUAUAGAAUUCCUGCUAAUGGAAUUAACAACACCUUUGCUGUAGCUAAAAUACUUAACCAACAGCAAGGAAAACUCAAAGCCAAAGAUAUUAGACAAGCUGUCCAGUUAAAAAAAGAUGUUGCUGGUUCAUCAAAGCAAAUGAAGGAAACCAUGUUUGAGUACCAGGUUCAUCAAAAUGUCCAGGAAGAAAGGCAAAAUCAGUUACGAUGGUGUGUGAAUCUGGGAGAGGAUCCCAUUACUAAUUCAACAAAAACUCAAAUAAUGGAAAACAGAAACAAAAUGGACAAAGAGUACAAGCUUCUUCGAGGAGAUCCUGUCAUUAUAAAUGAAUUUGAUCGUUCAAGUACUGGCUGUCAACUGAGAAGGAUACACAGACAGACAGAUGAUGUUCCUAACCAUCAGCCUAAGUUUGAUGUUUUAGUGAAUGAUGAAUGGAGUAAACGUCACAUGGUAAUAAAGAAAUUUGUACAGGCUGGAAGAAAAGUAAUAAUUCGCACACGUGCAACAAAGAACAUUCAUUCACUAACAGAGUUUUUAUCUGGAUGGAGAAAAGGAAAAUUUUGCAGAGAUCAAACAAGACGUCAAAUGGCAGAAAGUGAAGAAGAAAAACUAUUUAUUGAGCUACAAAAUAGUAUUUGUGCAUCUCGGGUACAUCCAUUUUGUUUUCCUGCUUAUAAGUCUCCUGACACAAAAGAUGACCUGGAUGUUGAUGCAUUAGGUACACUAACAGUACAACCAACCAUAGUCAACAUAAAGACACACAUACCUUACUACAACUUAAAGGUCCCUAAAUAUUAUCGUGUAUGGGGAUAUAACGCCCAUUCUGUUGCGGCUGCAUCAAGUGGAUAUGUAACAUCUAAGCUAGUGCGUAAUCUUAGAACAGGAGCUCAGGAUGAGGUUGUAAGCCUUUCUAGCAAUAUUGCUGUGUCAAGUACCACGAGCCAAAGCCCUGGCUUCGGUGAUGAAGAAGAAGAGCUGCAGGUGGAUGAUGUAGGGAGAGGCGUGACAAGCUCUUCCCUAAAAUCUCGUGCCACAUACAUGAUACCAGACGAAACAGCCAUGACAGAACCAGAGGUUGCUCCUCUUGUAGUACCAGCUGCUUUAUUCCAACCUCUACCCUACCACCCUAUGCACAUUUUUAAUCCAGCACCAGGGCUGCAAGUAUUCAAGCCACAGCUUCCUUACAGUGAAGUGGAUGAAGAUUAUCACUUGUGUCCAUUACCACGACACAGGCAACCUACUAGAGGAAGCAGUGGAAAGCCAGGGCGACGGUACUUAGAAAGACAGGAUGUUAUACCAAGCGUAAUGACUUGGAAACGCUUUCCUUGCCAUCCACUGGUUUCUGUUACAAACCAUCCUACAUUAUCUACAGUCUGGCUUCCCAGAUGGAGCGAUCCAUUUAGUGAAGAUCUCCUACCAACUGAAGUACCUCUGUUACUGAAUGGUCUACCAGAUGAUGACUACUCAAGUGAGGAGGAAAUUGACGAGGAAGACGACGUAUUAAACGAAAUUGCAGUACCAACACCGGAGAUGGUUAGUGCUCAGUUUCCAACAGCCGAAAAAGUCCUUGCAGAGCUGCAGGUCCAACAUCCACCUUCACAGCUCAGUGAUGUGAUGAUUUCAGUAAAUACAAAGCUUCAACCACAAUUAAAUUAUUCGAGUUCAAAUGUCGUCUCUUCGUCAAGGGAUCAACGAGAAAAAGAGCUCAACGAUUUUAUAAAGCAAAGACAAAAUCGUCUUGGUACUCGUAUCAGUCAACGAGUAACUUCAAUGCACGACCUGCUCAGUUUGUCUGAUUUGGUCUUAGAGUAGUAGUCGUCGUUAUGAUGGUGUCGUUUUUAUAAUAAAAGCAUAUCAAAUUCCGAAAAUUAUUUAGCAGUGACAUGGGAGAAUAUAUUGAUUGGGGCAUUAUUGUAUUCAUAAUAUUAAUUAUCAUUGCCAAUUUAAAAUCUCACUGUUGAUUUUGUGCAUAUCUUGCGAUCUUUUAAUUGAUAUUGAAAAAAAAUGUGUCCAGUUUUUACACAUUCAAAUUUGUGAUUGUGUGGAUUAAAAAUUUGAAACAAAAUAAGAUAGCAGCAGAAUGAAAAAGAACGUCCUCAUUAUAAGAAGGUGACGAUGUAAAGAAAUAAAGAAUUUAUUUAAGAACCGUA